UAAGGAAUCUUGUUUCAAAGCUCAAAUUUUACUUAUGGACAACUGAAUUUAUCAACCCAGAAAACAUAUGGACAAUGAUCAGGAGUAAUGGCCUCCAAUCCCUAGAGUUUCAGUAAUAUAUCUCCCUGUAAAAUAACUUGGAUGUCUCUUAAAGUGACAAAAGGAGAAAAAAAAGACGAGCAUUAAAUGAAGAUUAGCAUAACAAACAGAGCAACUAAAUAAAAAAGGAAUAUUUCUUAUAAACCAAAUAAAAAUUGAAACUUGUAGACAUGAUUUAAAGAGACAACAGAUAAAAAACAUGAAUUUCAGCCUCUAGUGGUGAUUUGAGCGAUUGCCAUAUUUGGUACGUCCGGUACCUUUAACUACAGAACAGGAGGGGCUUACUCAAAACUGUUUCAUUAUAAAUUAAAUAUAAAUUAUUUUUCAAAUUAAUUUCUCCAUUUUUUGAAAGGAGAAAAAUGGAAAAACAGAUUAUAAAAUAGUCAAUAGAAUUGGUUGUUGUGAAGUGUAAUAAUAGGCGUUCCAACUGCGUCAUGAUGACGACACACGGAAGACAUUCCACUGAAUAGCAGCAGCCAGUUCAAACAAGUUAGAAAUGUUUCCACUGCCUUCGGCAAUGUACGGUCGAACAAAAUUUACAGUGCUUCGCGUUCAGAAAGUUCUGUUUUAAACGUAACAUCUACGGCUGAACGCGUUCCUGUGGUUGUUCAUUCAAACGGGCAGGUCGUUGAAAUCAGCGCCACCUGCUAUAUCACCAAAGCUAGCAUACUAGCGAGCUAACCGGCAGCUAGCCGAGUAUGUAUGAAGCAGGGAAGGCUGGGGUUGCUUCGGAAGUUUUGCAUCGAUGUUGUCAAUUUGUGGAAUAAUUUACGGUACGAGAAAUCCAGAAAAAAAAGGUAUAUAACAAAGACCGAAUGCUUAGUGUAGAAGUUAGCGAAUACCUGUAGGUUGAGCUAAUUAAUGAUCGGGAGCGCUGAGCCAGACGUGAACAUGGCCAGCUUGACCUGCCUGGAUAAUGGCGAAGACAACUCCAAGAAAGUGUCCGGUUCUGGCGUUUCGUGCCGCUUCAAGUCCGAUUCCGAGUCGGACAGUGGACCGGUCGCGAAGAGCUUUGCGCGGCUGUGCAGCAGGGACGAAGGAGAGCGGGCAUCGGCUCUGGAGGAGCUGAGCCAGAAGGUUCUGGUGUGUUUAGGCAUGGACCGGUCCGAUUCGGAGCAGUUGAGUAAACAAACGCUGCUGCAUCUACUUCGACUGUCCAAUUCGUGUCCGCUGCAGGAGGUUCGUUCGAAGGCCACCGAACUACUACGAACUGCCAAGGAAGAAGGAGUUGAAAUACCUCGAGCUUUGGCCUCUGGUCCAAGUUCUGUUAUUCCUGCAAAAGAGAUGCCGAUCGAAGGACCGAAUCACGACGUGCUGAUUGAAUCCUUCCUCUCUCUGGGUCGUGUGGACCAUCUCACCAUGGUCAUGGCUCUACAUCCAGCUUAUCUCAGCUGUUUCCUGAGGACCCAGCAGGCUCUGUUGGAGCUGGAUGGCCCCUUGCCCCAUCACUGGAGACAUUACAUUUCCAUCAUGGCUGCAGCGCGGCACCACUGCUCAUACCUGGUGCAGCAGCACAGUGCGGGCUUCUUGGAGACGGGAGGCGAGGAGAGCUGGCUAAGUGGCCUUGAGCACGCUCCCGCUAAACUGCGCAGCCUACAAACACUCAACAAGCUGCUGGCGCACAGACCAUGGCUCAUUACCCAGCAGCAUAUCGAGGAGUUGGUGUGUCCUGGAGCUGAGCCUCGCUGGUCCCUCGCCGAGCUGAUCCACGCCGUCAUACUGAUGGCGCACACUCACGCUCUAUGUUCCUUUGUGUGGGGCUGCGGUUUGAAUCCUGAACCCGACCACGCUGGGGGCUACACGUUCCAACCUCCAUCUCCGAGUCACCUUCCGCGCAGCCCUGCUCACGAGGACGGCAGGCAGGAGCAGGCGGAUGGCACAGUAGAGGUGGAGGUGUUGAUGAAGAGAAUGGCGGAGCUGCAGCAGCAGGAGGAAGAGGAGUGCUCACAGGAGGAGAUGGUGUCCCGGUUUGAGAGGGAGAGGAGUGAGAGCAUACCGACCGCGGUGGUGCGAGGAGCUCCGCCUGACCUGCUGUUGUGUCUGGUGGUGGAUCCCGAGUUCAGAUAUGAGGACUUUGCACCCAGAGGAGAGCAGUCUCCCACCACCAUGAGAGCCCAGGACUACUCAUGGGAGGACCACGGUUUCUCUCUGGUUAACAGACUUCUGCCGGACAUGAGCCAUCUCCUAGACGAGAAAUUUCAGGUUGUGAGCAACUUGACGUACCACAGGAUGGCCAUGCAUGAAGGUGUGGACACAUACACUUUGAGGAAAGCCCUGUGGAACUACAUUCACUGUCUGUAUGGGAUACGCUACGAUGACUAUGACUACGGGAGCAUAAAUGUGUUGCUGGAGCGCUCUCUGAAGGUGUUUGUUAAAACCGUGGCGUGUUACCCUGAACAGACCACCACCCGCAUUUACUGCGCCUUCUGGAGACACUUCAGACACUCUGAAAAGGUCCAUGCAAAUCUAAUAGUGAUGGAAGCCCGGCUUCAAGCAGCUCUCCUCUACGUCCUACGAGCCAUUACACACUACAUGAGAUGACACACACACACACACCAAUGCAGUCUCGCACAUAUACAGUGAAUGUCAGCACAUACAUUUUCCAUGUUUCAGCAUUGAUGUUCAUAACACUAAUUUAUGACUUGGAUGUAUUUAAAAACUGUUACCCGUUUUGCACUGAGUUUGUGUAUGCUGGAUGAGCCUUUUGAGUUUUUUUGUUUUUGUUUCGAUUUUUCUGAUCAUGUUGCGCGUGUUUCCAUCAUAUCCAUAUGCUGCAUGUAAAAUCAAGUUUGGCAUUGAGAAAGGAGUAUUCCCUGCAGAACAUCUUCAGGCCGCAGUUUUAUUUGCAGAAAAUUGUGCUAAAACAGAAUUGUAUUUUUAUAUUUAAUAAAGCUACUUUGCUACAAAGAUUGA